UGAUGAGAAACAGAUGAUAACGUCAGUAGUGCCUCGAACCACCACUUCCUUUCCGAUAGAAACUCAAGUAUUCGGACGAGAGAAACAGCUGAAUCACCUUCUGGAACAGUUGAUGAUAUCGGCCGAUGGAUCCGGAUCCAGCAACAGUAGCAUCUCUACCUUGACUAUUGUUGGGAUCGGCGGGGUCGGAAAGACUACUCUUGCUCAGCAUGCCUACCACCACGAGAGGGUGAAGGACUAUUUUCAUCAUAAGGUCUGGGUCUGUGUAUCAGACAACUUCAACGUGGAGAGGCUUACCAAAGAGAUCAUAGAAUCCUUAACCCAGAAUACGUGUGAUCUCAACAACUUUGAUACACUUCAAGUGGUUGUUAAGGAGAAGUUGACCUCAAAAAGGUUCCUGCUUGUCCUCGACGAUGUGUGGAACGAGGACAGCCUGAAAUGGGAAAGAUUUUGUGCACCAUUGAGGUACGGAGAACCAGGAAGCAAGAUUUUGGUUACAACUCGCUCUAAAAAGAUUGCAGAAAUGGUUGGCAAUCCGAUCCCUCUAGGAGGUCUGGAUGAAGCCAGCUAUUGGAAAUUGUUCAAAAAAUGUGCAUUUGGUUCCAAAGACGCCGGUGAAUUUCCACAGCUAGAAGCCAUAGCAAAGAAGAUCGCUGGCAGGUUGGAGGGGUUGCCACUUGCGGCAAGGACGGUAGGCGGGUUGUUGAAGGAUCCGAUGAAUGAGAAGCACUGGAGAAACAUCGCAGAAAGUGAAAUCUGGCAACUACAGCAAGACGAACAGGGUGUCCUGCCAGUCCUACAAUUGAGCUAUCAAUGUCUUCCCCCACACCUUAAGCGGUGCUUUGUUUUUUGUUCCCUGUUCCCCAAAGAUCAUCGGUUUGAAGGAGAGCACUUGGUCAGGCUUUGGAUGGCAGAAGGCUACGUUGCUCAAGACAACAAUAUGACGAUGGAGGAUACAGGAAGCCGCUACUUCCUUGACUUAGUGAAUAGGUCUUUCUUUCAGGAAGCUCCUUGGCGAUCGAAAUAUGUGAUGCAUGACCUCAUACACGAUCUUGCUCAAUUUAUUUCAGAUGGAGAGUUUUGCAGGAUCGAUGAUGAGUCGAAAGAGAUCCCUAAUACGACUCGUCAUCUAUCAACAAAAUUAACCGAUGGAACUAAGUUAAUGGAGCUCUCCUGUUAUGAUAAAUUGCGGACCCUCUGGAUCAAUUCCAGAAGUAUUUGGUUUGACUCUCCAGUCGAGAGCCCUUUGUUCAUUCAGUUUGAAAAAUUAAAAAACAUUCGAGUGUUGCUAUUGAAGAACUAUGGCUUGCGGGAGUUGCCUGAGACAAUUGGACUGUAAACUACAGAGUUUCCCGCACGGCAUGAGCAAGUUGAU